AUGUGCCGAACAACAGAUUUCGACGGAUUCAAGCCCAGAAGCAGGAACCCUCUCAACAUCAAAGCCUUCUUCUGCCGUUUCUCCGGCUUCCACCGCCGCACUUCCUUCCCGGACUCCCUCACUCUCCGCUUCCUCCCUCGGGUCAACGGCACCGAGCUCCAGAUCGACGGAUCCAAGAUCCGACCCGACUCCAACGCCUUCCUCGAGCUCCACAGGCUCGUCGACGUCAAGGCGACAUCCGGCGAGGCGGUCUACGGGUCGAGGGAGCCGGUCAAAUCCACCGCCGGGGUCAGCUUCGAGGUCUACCUGCGGGACGACAGGGUCCUGGAAGGGAUCUUCACCAAGGACGAGGAACACGAGUGGAACCUGGAGUGCAGGUGUCGGGUCGAGAAUGCCGUCCUCGUUGGCUGCGCUGCGGCGGCGGCGGCGGAUGUCUGCGUGGCGGUGGCGGAUCGGAUGGCGGCGCUGAGCGAGAGAGUGAAGUUGGUGGCCCCGCCGAGGAGGAAGAAGGGGAAUUGUCGGAAGGUGCGGCUUGACAGGCUGGUCGUGAUCCCCGAGGACGCGGAGGAUGAUGAUGUGGAUGAUGAAUUGGCGGCCGGUCCGUGUUGCUGCGACUGCGAUGGUAGUGGUACGGAUAGCGGAUCUAGCGGUGGUGAUUGGGAGGAAGUGAGUGGGCCGGGGUCGCCAGCUAGUGAUGAGGAGGAGAUGGACUUGGAGGGAGUUGGAUGGGCCGUGGAUGUUGGGCUUUGGGUCAUGUGUUUGGGUGUGGGCUACUUGGUCUCUAAGGCCUCAACCAAGCGACUUAGGCGGAUGAGGAUACUCUGA